UCUCCGUGCAAUGCUGGCAAGUCUCAAAGUCGCCACAGGUGCAGGUUGGGAUGGGAGGCACCAAGGAAACAUGCCCCUGAUUCAGUGCCUCCGCUUAGCUGUAACAACAUGUUAAUCAGAACUGCCUGGCAUCUUCCUGAACAAGACUUUCAAUAGGGGCCAGUAUGCUUCGCUUCAUCCGGAAGUUUUCUCAGGCAUCUUCAAAGAUGCUGAAGUACUCUUUCCCAGUGGGACUAAGAACCAGCAGAACAAAUAUACUUUCUCUCAAGAUGUCUCUCCAAAACUUUUCCCCAUUUCCAAGGCCUUGGCUUUCCUCAUCAUUUCCAGUGCAUAUGAGCAAGACACAGUGCUAUCAUACAUCCCCCUGCAGCUUUAAAAAGAAGCAGAAGCAAGCACUUCCAGCCAGGCCACCAAGCACCAUCACUUACCUAACUGACAGCCCAAAGCCAGCAUUAUAUGUAACUCUGGCAGGACUAAUCCCCUUCGUUGCUCCACCACUGGUCAUGCUGAUGACAAAAACUUAUAUUCCCAUAUUAGCUUUUACUCAGAUGGCUUAUGGAGCCAGUUCAUCUUUCUUGGGUGGGAUCAGAUGGGGUUUUGCUCUACCAGAAGGUAGUCCAGCCAAAUCGGACUACCUUAAUUUAGCUAGCAGUACAGCUCCUCUUUUCUUUUCAUGGUUUGCCUUUAUUUCUGAAAGACUUAGUGAAGCCACAGUCACAGUAAUGAUGGGUAUGCGGGUAGCAUUCCACCUUCAACUUUUUCUCUUACCACAUUAUCCCAACUGGUUUAAAGCCCUGAAGAUAGUAGUCACUUUACUGGCCACUUUUUCAUUUAUAAUCACUUUAGUAGUUAAAAAUAGUUUUCCAGAAAAAGGACAUAAGAGACCUGGUCAAGUAUAA